CACAACCACAAACGGGUAGUCUUGAAACGUGGAAGAUGAUGUUUGCCUUACUUCUGUUGGGAUUGCAACUUGGAAGUUGUUUUUCCCAAGGUACCUCUUUUCAGGAUGUUCCCUCGGGAAAUGGAUUACAAAUGACCCGGAAAGGUAGUAACGCUCCUCUUCAAAAUUUUCAAAACCUUUUACCGGAGAAUAUGAUACCAAAUGCCAAUGAGCAGGCCUCUCAGGAAUCCGGACCGAUGGGCAAUUUGCAGUUCGCAACCUCCAAUAUAAACACUGUGAUCCGAGAUAACUUAUCACCAGGCAUGGUUCCAUUUAUUCCAGAUAUCAAUAACAAUAUUCUAUCAGGAUUAGAUAAUAUUGUAUCCAACCAACUACCUUCAAAUUUUCCAGUAAUGGAAAACAUUCCGAACAAUCUUGGGAAUACUUUUUUGCCAAUGGAAAUACAAAGACCGGAACAGCAAUUACGUAGACUUUUACCAGGACUGCAGCCGAUUCCUCAGAGUCAAUUUUAUGAUUUCACACCAAGAAUAGAAAAUGAGAUGGAAAAGCAAUUUCAAAAUAUCCCUCAAACCCCAAUUUUCUUUAACUCUCCGUUUUCUUUUUUUUCACAAGGAGACGAAAAAUUAGGUAAGAGCACUUUCGAGCAAAGAUUUACAGACCCAAUGCCAUAUUUCGCUGUACAAAAGGGAAUUGAAAACAGCCCUUCAACUUACAUUGAAGACGACAUAUUCAGCACAAAACAGAGAGUACCAUAUGAAUCACUUUCAAAGAAAAAGUACUCAACAAAUCCACCUCCGACAAGUUAUACCACAACAACAGCAACAACAUCUACUACAGAGGAAAAGACAACAACUCAAAUUACCACGACAACAGAAAUCCCAACAACAACAGCAACAACAACAACAACAACAGAAAAGAAAACGACGCCGAAGUCUUAUCCUUACCAUUAUCGUAAUGUUGAACAAAGUAAAUCAAAAAACGUUUAUCCAACACCUAGGCUGAGAUUUCCUAAAACUAUGUAUCCUAGUAACAAUCGUAAAAACACGAAGAAGAAUGACUUGUUCUCAAUUCCUAGGUACCGAGGUAGAAACUUAUACCCAAAGAAACCCUUUUUUGAACCAAAUCCCAGAUUUUUAAGAAAACCCAAAUUUGGAGGCAGGAAUCAUGGCCAUAAGAACUGCAAGAAUAAAAGAGAAAGAAGAAUUCAAGGCAGGUCAUCCAGUGAAUCUUAUGGAGAUUAAAUUUCAUUUUUCGAACUUAAUGACUGUGGUGAGGUGCAUUCCGAAGAAAAAAUUAAAUGUGAAAUUUUAAUUUGUUCUUUUUAAUUUUUCAUAAAAACAAUAUAUUCAGAUGACAAAAUACAAUACUGAUUUUUGUAACCAUUGAUAUAUCGUUUCUACUUACUGCAGUUUAUCCAUUUAUUGUUUGGUACAGGAUAUAAUAAAAUGAGAACACUC